AUGAAACCGAAUGGUUUUAAUAUCACAGAAAUUUGCCGAAAAGAUCCCACCACACUGAACGAUGAAGAAUUUGAUAUCGCACUGGAGCAUUGUGAGUCUCCCUUUUCAACUGCGUUUACUGCAUCAUCUUCAUCCCCAUCAUCGUCUUCAUCAGAUUCCCCUCCAAUACUUGGAUAUACUUAUUUCUAUACCUUGCUCAUUUCUGGUGGAAUCCUGUUAAACCUGUUGGUCAUGAUCACGAUAUUUUCUAAAAACCGACUUCGAACAGUUCCAAAUGCAUUCAUGGUAUCGUUAUCUGUGGCAGAUUUUUUAAUGGCGACUGUAGCACUUCCCUUAAGAAUGAUGGAGCGUAUUGAUGAAAACAAGAACCAUGUCAUUACGUCAUUAUUAUUCCCAUGUAUUGGAGUGGCAUCUAUAUUCAGCUUAUGUUGUGUAACCCUUGAUCGCUAUAUGCAUAUAAAACACCCAUUGAACUAUGAAAAAUACAUCAAUAAAAGAAGAGCAUUUUCAAUAGUUACAAGUGUGUGGUUUUUCUCUAUCAAUCAAUCAUUUGUAUUGUUUCUCGUCAAAAACAAUCGUCAUCAUGAAGCCAUUUUCAACGAUAUCCGACUUUUCUUUUGUUUUGGGAUUCCGUCAAUAUUCAUCGUUGCUGCAUAUGCCAAGCUGUUUUUAAUAGCAAGAUCACAUGCCCGAGUCAUCGCUGCAACCUCAGUCAGAAUACCCGACCGACCGUGGUCGCAGAAAAAAGAUUUUAAGAUUCUCAAGAAUAUUGCAUUGAUCGUUGACACUUUUAUUCUGUGUUGGUUUCCAUUCCUCUUCGCAGUCAGUUACGAGCUUCACCAUUCAACGUUGACGAGAGAUUUUUAUGUGCUCAUGGGUAUUUUAGAAUGUUUUGCUUGCAGUACUUGUGUACUAAAUCCUAUCAUUUACGGCAUAUUAAGACGAGAUUUGCGGAGAUCAAUGAAAUAUGUUGCUGGUUGUAAACGCGGAAGCAUGGAGGAAAGUGAAUAGUUGUAGACAAUAAAUUGGAAAACGAUGAUAUUUGUAGUAAAAUCUAUCCACA